AUGACUACUAUAGAAAAGGAAAAAGAAGAAAGGAAAGAAAACGAAAAAAAGGAAGAAAAACAACACACAUUCUUCCCGGAUGAGUAUAACACCACAUGCUGGAUGGAUCCAGCCAUGGCCACUGACCGAGAAAAUGAGGAAAUAUCGAACAGUGGUCAAAUGGACACCAGUGAAGAUCUACCCGAAGGAAUUCAUAAACGAAAACUUCAAAGGAGGUUAUUAUUCGAACUAACAGAUCUACAGUAUGAAGCCACAGUAAUAUGGGAAUCUUCUUCCGAUAGCAUGAGGCGCUUAAAAGGUCCCGUAAUCGAGUAG